UACUUUUUUUUGGCGACGCUGUCGCCGUUGUCGUAGGGUGCGAGACGUUGAAUCUCGGAUUCCUGUCGAUUGUCGAAUUCUAAUCUGUAAAUUCUGAAAUUGUGCUGCUCUUGGGAAUCCUGGAAAAAUUGUAACACUUGGAAACCCUUUUUUUAUUUUUUGCCGUCAUAAAGAACUGUACAGAGUGAAGUGAACGGUGUUAUAAAUGGAGAAUAUUACCGAAAGUUCAGAAGCUGCAGUACAAAAUAUUGAAACUCCCAAAUCGUCAACACCAGUUAUUAAUGAAGAAAAAGUUCCAGACAGUUCUGAAAAUAGUCAAAAACCAAAACCUUCCAAAGCGAAAAAAAGAAAAAAGCCUAAGGAUAGUACCGCACCCAGGAUACCUCUUACCGGUUAUGUCAGGUAUUUAAAUGACAGAAGAGAAUCUGUGCGUGCUGCAAAUCCUAAUUUAUCAUUUGCUGAAAUAACGAAAAUAUUAGCUAGUGAAUGGGGUAAUCUACCCGCCGAAAAAAAGCAGCAGUAUUUGGAUGCAGCAGAACAAGAUAGGGAAAGAUAUACAAGGGAAUAUAAUGCUUACAAACAGACGGAAGCUUAUAAGUUGUUCACACAACAGCAGAAUGAGAAGAAAAGCAAGGAAAAUAAGGAUAAGGAAGAAGCAGUUAAAAUUCCAACACCGGUAGUAACUCAUUCACAACCGGUAAUAUCAAAAGAUCCUCAAGAUAUGGAUUUUGGUAAUUUUGACAUACCAAUUUUUACAGAAGAAUUUUUAGACCACAAUAAAACCAGAGAUGCAGAGCUGCGACAGUUAAGAAAGAUUAAUACUGAUUAUGAACAACAAAAUGCAAUUUUGACCAAACAUAUAGAAAAUAUGAAGGGCGCUAUUACCAAACUAGAAGCCGAAAUUCUUCAACAGGAGAAGAAUAAUGCUUCGCUUCAGCAACAUUUAAAUCAUUUGAGGAAUACUUUAACGAACGGAUUUGGGGGUGUUAACUUACCAGGUAUUAAGGAGGUCGCUACUUUGCAAAAUAUUGACAAUUAUAUGACCAACUUGCAUUCCAUUUUGCUGGAAAACAGUAGUCACGACACUAAUUUGCUACAGACUGUUCGUGACAUUGUGGGGAAACUGGAAUUCAAUGGAUGACAAGGGUGCAGGACUUCCAAGCGAAAGAGGAAGAUCAAAAAGUACUCCUAAAUUUAUUAUUGUGAAUAUAUCAACCGGCAGUUCUACUUUUUAUUGCAAAUAUCAUUAUUGAUGUAACAGUUUGAUUUAGUGCUUUUGUUGAGAUUAUGGUAUUUCGUUGUAUACAUUGAGGAAUGUAAUUUUAGAAAGUAAUAUUUAAAUUUGUAAUAAAUUAUUUUACAUUA